CAGGACCUCUCCUGCGCCAUCUGCAUGGAGACGCUGUCCGACCCGUUCGUCACCGCCUGCGGCCACACGUUCUGCUACGGCUGCCUGACGCAGAGCCUGCAGCACAACAAGCACUGCCCCGCCUGCUCCCACUACCUCACCACAGACCUCAUCUACCCAAACUUCCUGCUCAGCAAGAUUGUGAAGCAGGCACGCAGCCGAGCGGUAGGCACACCGCUGUCGGCACUGGAGCUGCUGCAGCACGCAGUCGCCGACCACAAGGAGGGUCUCAAGGAGGAGGAUGUGGAUGUGCUUCUGCAGCAGCUGUGGGAGCACAAGCAGGCGCUGCAGCAGCAGCAGCGGGAGGCCAGCAUGGAGCUGCUGCUCCACUUCCUGCACAGCAGCAGGCAGGACAAGGUGCAGCGGCUGGCGCAGCUGCAGCAAGAGCUGCAGUGCCUCGACGGCGACAUCCAAAAGGUGGAGGCGGCGGGGGCAGUGGCAACAGCGGUGCCCGAUCCCAGCCACCAGGGUCGCCCCGUAACACCCGGGGUGGGACCUGCUGCAACAGUGGAGAUCAGGGCAGGAGCAGCGGAGCAGGCACAGGAUGACGCGGAGAUGGAGUCCCAAGAGCGGCUAGAUGGCGCCUUCACCGCAGCGCAACAGGCGCAGCAGCAGCAGCCUGCCGCGGCGGGUGGCACCAGCAGCGGCGGCGGCGGCAGCGCGGGCGGGCGCAACGGCGGGCGCGACGUGCUGAGCCUGCUGCGUAACAAGAAGCGCCGCAUCGCCUCACAGUUUGACGACCUGCAGCAGAGCUACCUGCAGCUGCGCGCCGCGCAGCUGCGCCGCACGCAGGCAGCAGCUGCUGGUGGCAACGGGGCGGGCGAGGCGGCGGCGGAUGGCGCGGUGGGGGCGCUGAUUGACGAGGGGCUGCAGGAGUUCAGCCGCCUGCUGUCUGUCAUCACCCGCUGCAACAAGAUCAAGCUGGUGGCGGAGGUGCAGCGCCCCCCGCUGCGCCAGUCCAGCGCCAUUGUGUCGUCCCUGGAGUUUGACAAGGAGGGGGCGCUGUUUGCCACCGCGGGCGUGUCCAAGCGCAUCAGCAUCUUUGAGUUUGCUAGCGUGGUGCCCUCGGCCGCCUCCCCCGGCCUGCACACGCCGGUGGUGGAGCUGGUGUCUCGCUCCAAGCUGUCGUGCCUGUCCUGGAACAAGUACAUACAGGCACACAUCGCCAGCUCAGACUACGAGGGCGUGGUGAGCGUGUGGGAUGUGGGCACCAGCGGGCAGCUGCUGGAGUAUGAGGCCCACUCCAAGCGCAUCUGGUCGGUGGACUUUUGUGAGGCCGACCCCACGCUGCUGGCCUCCGGCUCCGACGACUGCUCCGUCAAGGUGUGGAGCACCAAGUCGCCGUCGUCGGUGGCGCAGAUCGACACCAAGGCGAAUGUGUGCACGGUGCGGUGGCGGCCCGGGUCAGCGCACGAGCUGGCGCUGGGCAGCGCCGACCAUGGCGUGUAUCUGUACGACACGCGCCGCACAGACGCGCCGGUGGCCACCUUCCGGGGGCACAGGAAGGCUGUUUCAUACGUUCGGUUCUGCGGCUCGGGCGAGCUGGUGUCCGCCUCCACUGACUCCACGCUGCGCCUGUGGGGGCUGGGGGCCCCCACCACCGACGCGCUGCGCGUGUUUGAGGGCCACUCCAACGAGAAGAACUUCGUGGGCCUGGCAGCCGACGGCGACUUCCUGGCCUGCGGCAGCGAGACCAGCGACCUGUACGUCUACUACAAGGCCCUGUCCAAGCCGGUGGCACAGCAGGCAUUCACUGCUCCCGGGGAGGCAGGGGACGCCGACACGCAGCACAACAAGUCCUUCAUUUCGGCCGUGUGCUGGCGGCCCGGGGCCCAGACGCUGCUGGCCGCCAACAGCAUGGGCACUGUCAAGGUGUUCUCGCUC